AUGCCACGCUCUUCAAGUCCUUAUUUAUUCGAACAAAUAACUGGAGAAAUUAUUUUCUCUCAUUCAACUGCUAGUAUAUGCCAAUCAAUCAUAAUGCCGAAGAUGGAACAUCAAUCUCGUCGGUUCUCAUCAAAUACUGAUGAAACAAAGUUGGUUUUCAACUGUACAAAACAAUUAUUAAUGAUCGAUCAACAUCCAUCUAAUCGAUUUGAACAACUUGAAGCUGAUCUCUUCUUUCGAUUUCGUUUUAAUGAAACACUAAGCUUGAAUAUCCCAUCAACCCUGAAAAACGAAUUAUUUAUUAUUGGCAAAUGUCAAGUACCUGUUUACACAGAAAAAGAAAAAAAUAUUGAUAAAGUAUUAUCGAAUGAUUUCAAAUUAACUGAUACUAUCUUUCCCGAUCAAUCACCAGCUACUAUCGACGAUGAUGCUCAAUCCUGGAAUAAUGAACAAUCAAAUAUUAUUCAUCAUAGGUAUUGUCUUUUUGAAAGUACAUUAAGAGUGGAAAAUGUCAUUGGCAAAUUAUUACAGUUAGAAAGACUAUUGGCAUUUUUUACUGCUCGUCAUUUAUUGAGAUUGACAAAAUGUAAUCGAUUCCUUUCAAAGAAAAUCUUUCCACUUGAUUUACAUGAAUUGAUUGAAUCUAUUCGAUCAAAUGAUUUUGAAAAAAUUACUAAUAGAAAUAUAUCUACAUUAACAUGUAUAACACUCUCCUGCAUCGGUUUUGCGGGAUUUUCUAUGCCAAUGAAUCUCGAAACAGAUAUUAUUAAACUGCUUAACGAUGCGAAUAUUGCUCAAGAAAAUCAUGUACAAUGUCAAUUUCAUUUCCUAAAUACGAUGUUUAAAACUGGUCGACUACUAUUUUAUCAUGUAAAUGACACAGAGAAAGGAUGGCGCCAAUCAGUAUUGACUAGUAUGGCCUUGUUAUCCGAACGCAUCUCAACCCUCGAAAUUCAACAAAACUGCAUUCAAGUUAAUUUGAAUUCUGUUCUUGCUAAAACAGAUGAUCAAUUGAAAUCAAUUGGUAAAAUUCAACAAUCAUUAAAUAAUAUUGCCAAGAAUAAGUAUUCAAACCAUGAUAUAGAAAAGAAAAUGGAUGUGAACAAGGAAGAAAUCAAUAAUAAAAUCAAUAAUCUUCAAGGAACAAUCAAUAUAAAAAUUGAUGGAAUGCAAGAAUCUACAAGUGCCGAAUUGAAGAAUAUUAUUAAACUGAUGACUUUGAAUGAAAAAAAACGAAGUGCGUGGUGUUCGUGUAUUUUAUUGUAA